UGAGUUGCAGUCAUGAUCCCCACAAGCAACACCGCGUUCGCGUGCGCCUGUAGAAAACUGUGGCCAGCGGCCUCUUCUAAACUCGAUCGAGCAGGUGACGCACAUAGCUAGCUAGCCUAGCUGAAGUUCUUUAUCCGGUCAAUUCAAGCCGCCAGAUACGAUCACAAGAACACAGUUAAGAAGCUUCCAAGCCUCUGAUUGCUUCCGGCGCGGUGACAUGUCAUGUCUCCAGUCUCCUGGGCGCCGGCCGUCGUCGUCGUUGCGGCUCUAGCUGGCUAGCGUGGCGAGGACCAUGCCUGCUGUGCUUAACGAGAACGAGGAUGGCGCCGCCGCUGCCGAUCUCGAGAGGCAGCAGUGCUGGUGCUCCUGCUCCUGCUCCUGCCUGCCGUUAUGCCUCUGGCCGGGCGCGUCCGGGUCCCGGGGUCCCAGGAAACCCGGCGGCACGGGAGCGAAGAGGAGGCGGUGGCGUCGCAGGCUCAAGCUGUCAUGGCUGGUGUGGCCGUGGUCUCCGAAGAGCGGCAAGGGGGAUGCGGGCGGCGGCGGCGAUGACAGCAGCAAGGAGGGGAUGAAGAAGCGGAGGAGGAAGGACGGGCGGCGCAGGCUCAAGCUGUCAUGGCUGGCGUGGCCGUGGUCACGGAGAAGCGACAAGGGGGACGCGGGCGGCGACGGGGACGACAGCAGCAAGGAGGGGAAGAAGCGGAGGAGGAAGGGAGGGCGACGCCGGCUGCUGCUGCUGCUGACGACGACGACGUCGCUGCAGCUCAAGAAGGCGCUCGCGUCGGUCGUCUCCGGGGAGAGCGCCCUACUGCCUGCGCCGGCCAAGGUGAGCAGUUUCGGCGACGCCAAGAAGCAAAGCAACCGCAGGCCACGACGGCCAACGGCAGAGGACGCGGCACGCGGAAGCCGACAACCGCAACCCUCGGCAACUGCUGCGACCGCGAGCACCGGAUCGACCACGGCGGUGCCUGCUGGUUCUCGGCCGGAGACGACGAGCCAGCCGAGCCCUAAACCAACCGAAGGGUCCGCUGCCUCCGGCCGCACCUGGCGGGCGCCGUCGAGGCGCCAGCGCCACUCGCUUCAUCAGCCCGACUGCUCCUGCUCCAGCAGCGGCCUGUGGACGGCGGCGACGACGCUGGGCGUGAUCGUGCUCCUCGGCCGCGUCAUCGCCGUGGUCUUCCUAUGCUCGUGCCUGUACGGCGCGCGCUUCGUCCGGGCCUGGGCUGCCGGCGACGCCGGUGCCAGCGCCAAGGCCCAGCUGAGCGGCGAAGGCGGCGUCGUUGGCGUUGGUAGCAGUAGCCGGUGCUUCAGUGAUCCGGUGGCGGUGGCCGGCGACGAGGUCGCGGCGGAGAUGUGCACCACGGAGGAGCGCAAGAAGAAGGUGGUCAUGGCAGGGUUGCUCGACAGGGCCGGCAAGGCACCCUCGUCGCGCUUUCGUAGGUGAUUACAAGCGGACGCUGUAAAUGAUGCCGUUUAGUUAGGGCUUCAACUGGUGAUAGGCUGGUUAUCUUUUACUUUCAUUUUUUCGCCAUGGUGGAGAAUUGGCAAUUUGACAUGAAGAGCUGCUUACACGCUCAAUCGCUGGUAUAUAUGAGAUUGUUAGGACGACAUUUUGUGAUUUGCGUGGGCACGUACUAAUUGGUUUUGAGGUGGAAAUUUUCAUACCAAUGCAAAAUGUUUUGCUCGGCCUA